AUGCCUCGUGGACUGCAAGCAGCUCGCAAGCUCAAGACCAUCAGAAGAGACAACCGCUGGGCUGACCAACAGUACAACAAGAAGGCUCUUGGUAACUUCUUCAGAACAUCCCCAACUGGUGGUUCCUCACACGCCAAGGGUAUCGUUCUCGAGAAGGUCGGUGUCGAAGCUAAGCAGCCAAACUCCGCCAUCAGAAAGUGUGUCCGUGUUCAACUCAUCAAGAACGGUAAGAAGAUCACCGCUUUCGUACCAAAUGACGGUUCACUCAACUUCGUUGAUGAAAACGAUGAAGUUUUGAUCUCAGGUUUCGGUCGUAAGGGUAAAGCUAAGGGUGAUAUUCCUGGUGUUCGUUUCAAGGUCGUCAAGGUCUCAGGCGUUGGUCUUAUGGCUCUCUGGAGAGGCAUCAAGGAAAAGCCAAGAUCAUAA